GUUGUGGCCUUGCCGGAUGGCUUUAGCCGUGACCGGGCGUGGGCACUGGAACUGGAGAGCACCACAACCGGAGCUGUCAACAAGGCUUCCACACAACAGGACGGCUCCUUUUGCUUCAUGGCACCAAGGGGGUCCUACACUCUGACGGUGAUGCUGUCUGCUGCUGAUCAGAAAGCCGGCCUCCAGCUGUCCCCGCCCAGCCAUGCUGUCACCGUCACCAGCCAGCCACAGAUGGACAUCCUGUUCACCCAGUUCCAGGCGGUUGUGUCCGGUUCUGUGCAGUGUAUCGAGUCCUGCAGCUCGGUGACUCUGUCCCUGCAGCGUGCAGACCAGGGAGGCAGCCUGGUCCACACACAGCCUGAACCCUCCGAGGGGAAAACUGUCAACUUCUCAUUCAACAAUGUACUUCCUGGCAAAUAUACUGUAACUGUUCAACAGGAGCAGUGGUGCUGGAAAGAGGCCAGCCUGACAGUCGACAUAGCAAACUCUGACAUUCAGGGCCUGGUGUUUAUUCAAACAGGGUUCAUGUUGAAGUGCUCCCUGUCACACGAUAUCAGUCUACACUUCAGCCAGGACGGCAACGGGCGCAACGUGGGAUCUUUUGACCUGAAACGGGGCAUCAACAAGUUCUGCUUGGCACAACCAGGUGUGUACCACCUGACCCCAAAGUCGUGUCACCAGUUUGAGUCGGAGGUGUACACCUACAACACGUCCAGCCCUGUGGUCCUGACACUGACCGCUGACCACCACCUGGUGACGGGGACCGUGGUCACUCCGGACAGGUCCGACGACCUGCUGGCCACCAUCUCCACGCUGCCGGACGGCGGGAGCGUCCAGGUCACCCCGGAGCAGACAACCCCCUCCCCCUGA